UGCCCAUAAUGGCUGUUUGCUCCAAUCAGAGGCUGAGGAGGUGGAGAGCAGAGGUUUUUCUAGCUGGUUGCUGGGUGACUGCGCUUUCUGUGGCCUUCACUACUUGAACACAGCUGGACAGAGCAGGGAGUGUGAACAACUAUCAUUUCCUACAUUAAGAAACCAAAAUGGCCUCUGAGAAGUUGACACCUGAACAAUCCAGUGGUGCUCAGGACAGUCUCUUGGGGAGGCUGUUUGAGUUGCCUGUGGUGAGCUUCACUUAUGGUGUAGUUCAGAAGACUUACACCAGCACGAAACAUACCCACCCACUCAUUUGUACAGUUUGUGAUGUGUAUGAGAAGGGUGUGAAGACGGCCUCCAGCAUUGUAGUGUGGACCAUCCAGCCUGCCAUUCAGAAGCUGGAGCCUCAGAUUGUAGCUGUCAACCACCUUGCCUGUAAGGGACUGGACCACCUGGAAGAGAAGAUCCCUGCUCUCCAGCUUCCACCUGAGAAGCUUGCCUCACAUAUCAUUGAAGUAGUUUCCAGCACGGUCCAGACGGCCUCAGAUGCAGUGUUCCAUGUGAUGUCCAGCAGCUAUGAUCAGACAAGAGGUGUCAUGGAAGAUGCCACAGACUACAUUUUUAGCACCAGACCAGCUAAACUGGCUGCAGAAGGUGUGGAUGCAGCUUUGACGGUCACUGAGAGAAUUGUCAAUUACGUCCUGCCGGGCUCAGAGGAGGAGCGAGCAUGUGUUGCUGCCAGUGCUACUGAUUCACAGCCCAGCAGCUACAGGAGACUAGGGACUCUGGCAAGCACUGUGUUCAGACGAACCUACAAUCAGACAGCCACAAAGCUUCGUAAGGCUCGGGCUCAAGGACAGGAGCUGGUCAUGUGGAUUCCUGGCAUAUCUCCCCUGACUGGCUUUGCAAAGAAAAACCUCGGAGUGGCUAGCAAUGCCCUCCAGAAUGCUCAGACUUCAGUUACAGAGUUUCUUCAGCGAGAGCUAAAGGAGGCUGCCAAGGAAAAGAAGAAGAAGAAGGAUGGUGGCAACAUGGAGCUUUCUAGAUUUAAUGAAAAGGAGCAGAUGGAUAACACCUGUAAACCCAAAGUCACCAAAAGCCCAUUCUCAAGCCAGAGAACCUUGGGAGUGGAGUCUGGAGUUUCCAAAGGACCCGGUGGCCCGUCAGAUAUUGGAACAGCCCCAUCGGUAGAAAUAACGGAAACACUUCAAGGCCUAGUUCAUCGGCAGCCGACCUCUACAGAGCAGAGCAGUGUGUUCUCAUCCAGUAGGAAAAUGACCAGUAAGACAAAGAAAACAUCUGCCUCCACAUUCACACAGUCUCUGCAGAGCAGCACCCAGGCAGUCUCCAAAAAGGACUGACUAAUCCCAGGACUUCGUCAGCUUUUGGUGCUCACCACACGGGUGAUGCAAGAGGCUGACUGUUUGCUUCCCCAUUCGACACAGCUUAGUAAAGCAAAAGGAUGCACAGCUGUAGUCAGUCUGUCCUUGUGGUGUUCACUGCACCUUUUCUCUUAUGCUUUCAACACAAAGUGCCACUGGGAUGUGUGCUAUCACACUAAAAAUUCAGGGCUGCCCUCUUCAACAGUUGAUAGGCAGCUUAGCUCAAAUUCUCUGAGGUGAAGCUUUUAACCUUACUCUGCUGAAAACUUGUAGAGAAUAAAGAGUUUGUGCAGUGGGUAACAUUGCCAAAUCACAGAAGUUGGACCCUUAUUCAAUUCCUUUGUGUAAACAUUGCAUGCUCUGGGUCUUCAGUUUCUAAAGAUAUGUGGUUAGAUCAACUAGGGACCCUAAGCUGGUCUAGCGUGUGCAAGUGUGCACUGUGGGAGGCUGUGUGGCCUGGUGGCUAAGGCACUGAAAUGUGAAACCACAAGUUUGCCCAUUAAGAACCAACUUAUGAUGCAGUGUGUGACCCAGAGUGGGCCACUAACCCCUUAACAAAUAAACAAUUAUUGUAUAACUCAGUUUAGGACAUUGACUUGUCAGUAGAGGAGUUACAGUAUAUAAGGGAACAGCUGACUGCUAUCAUGACUAGUCCUCCUUAAUGGACUGUUUCCUGGCAUGUGCCCGCUGAUAAUGUUGAAAAUAAUUUCAGGUCUCCAUCAGACCCUCAACUUGAAAAAAACAGUAUAAAAAUUGAUAUAAGAACCAGAAAGCAAAUGUGUUCAGUAUUGAAAUCUUAGAGACCAAUGUAGCACAAUGCCAUUUGAGAUGUAUUUUAUAGUGUUAGUCCCCAUGCAGGGACUGUUCCUGCAUAGCGCUCAAUGGUUGCUGGGAUUGGCUCCAGCUGUCCCAUAAACCUACUCUGACUAAGCAGAAUUAGAAAAUUAAGAGUCAAAUUCACAGCCACCAGUUACUGAGGAUCAUGCAGAAGUAAUGGCUCUAGUCCUGUCACCUGAGCUAUAGGGUUGACAACCCCUGAAAGCGUCCGGAACCAAGAAUCUUCCUUCAGUCCAUUUGGCUCUUUAUGCUUAAGGGCACCAGAAACAUGGCUGCUUUAAGGAUUGAGUGGCUGCUUGUCUUGCUUCUUUUCCUAUUUAGAUACUACCAUUUAGUAUUAAGACUAAUUAGAUUUCUUAAAUGCAAAGUUUGAAGCUGCUGCACUGUUUGAUUCUGCUGUCCCACUGGUGACAGAUAAAAAAUUAAAUUGUAGUAAAUACUCCCAUUUUCUUGCAUUUUCCUUUAGUUUGUUCAGUCAGACAGCAAAUGCUUCAACUGACCUUUUAACAGCUACCAAUUCCUUUUCUAUGAAAUUGACCUAAACAUUGUCACCCUUCCAUUUUCUCUUGAUCAAGUCUGAUAUGUUGGGUCUCAUCCGGGCAGAAAGUAGUGCAAGACAUGGAACCAAUUCUGGCUGGGAUGUCAGGCCAUUAGCAGAUGCCAACCUGCAUUCAUGGAAUCACACCAGUGAAGUUAGAGUUCCCAGGCCUCUUAGUGCCUUUCCUUUUCACUGUAGGUUGGGCAUGAAGCCUAGAGGGGAACCUAUGUCAACACUGGGCUUUUACUAGCAUUAUAAGAGAAUGAUAUCCAAUUAAAUGGAGCAAAUCUUCAUUUAAAUAGCAGAUUAUAUCUAAAAGUAAGAAAAAAAGGUCAAAAGUCAAGUCAUUCUUGGAAUAUCCUCUUCACUCAGAUAAAUAUAAUGAAAACGACAGUAUAGUUUGAACUACUGGUUUGGGAUAUCAAAGUCUUUUUCCCAAGAAACUGGAUUGCAUUAUUUGCGUAAAUAUCUAGACUUAUAUCUGGACACCAAAACAGCAAUAGACAACUGAAUCAUUUUAUAAAAAUGGCAUAAAAUGACAGAUGGGAAACAGAGCUAUCUUAACAGGGGCAUAGGCCCCCCGGCAAAGUAGUGCACUGGGGUCCCUAUUUUAAUAGCAAAACAGAAACAUACAUAGCGGUCAGAAACAUUGUGAGCCCCUAUGCCCCUGGGGCCCAUUGUGCCCAUUUGUUAAACUGGCCCUGAUGGGAAACAGAGGAACAAGUGGAGACAUGGAGUACUGGAGUCCUACUAAUAGGCAAAGUUCACCUGCAGGUACCUCAGUCAUAAUCAAACGAGAAAUUAAAACUGGUACACCUAAACAGGAUCAAAGGGACAAAGGACAAGGGAACCUAUGAGAGUAUCAGAGAGACAGGAAAAAAGGCAGUUAUGUCAGAUCAAGAAGGCCUUCUAAAGUUGAGGAUCAGGAACUAGCCUGUCAUCUUUAAAUAUCCAUCCUAAUAAAGAAUGAGCUUUAGUGGAGUCACUGCUGACUCGGAGGGGCAUGGCUAGGGGCUAAAACAGGUGCACAGCCUAGCAUUGAUAUCCAAAUACAGGAGAAACUUCUUAGCGUUAUUCAAGAUAUUGAGUUAAAAACGGUCUUUACAGAAGCUGGAUGUUACAAGUCCAUCCUCUCAGAUAGUCUGCAAGCUUAAUUAGCUUCUUCUCUUUUAUUAAAUGAGCACCAGCUUUCUUAUCAGUUCACAUUGGUCCAUUCUGCUGGCCUUUCAUCUGCUAUUCAAUUACCGUUUUUUUCCUAGAAUCAUUUAUUGCAUUAUAAAUCUGCAAAUGGAAAGGAAAACUUUCAUCUGCUUUGUUUGGUAAUUAAAGAUCAGAAGGAUUUACACAAGUAUAUGUGAGGGUUCUAGCCAAAGUAAAGAGCUAAUUAAUUUUACAAAUCAUCAAAGAUAGAAAUAGGAAAUUAAUAUAUGUCAAUCAAAUCUGUGUGCCUUUGUCUAUUUCUCUACAAAAUUUCCAUUCCAACUUGUGCAUUGUUGCUGCUCUGCUAAGAGUUUAAUGCUCGCCAUUACUGCUGUACAUAAACAAGUGGAUCACAUGGCUCCAUUCUUCACUCUACUGAAAUUUCUCUGAUUGUCAAGUAUUGAUUCCAUGUCUUGAGCUCAUUUUUUUUUUUUUUUUUUUUUUUUUUUUUUUUUACCCUUUGGGGUGGUAAUUCACACUCGACCACUGUAGGUAUCAUCAAUAAUAAGUCUGUGCUUACGUCUUUAAAGUGUCUUACCCAUUAUAUGAAACCACUAAGCCCCAAUGAAGGCACCUACACAUGCAGUGCCUUAAAGCUGUACAUGAAUGGCAAUGCAGGGAUUUCCUUCUAUGAAAAAGAAUUCAAUUACUGCACCUUGUUAAAAUGAUGUGUCCUUGUCAGUCACUGAACUAAGAACGUGUAACCGAGACAGCAAGAUAUCAUAGAUGAACCUGAUAGUUACAAUGUUACACAUACAUACAGUACUGUUAGGUAUUCCUUAGUAAUUUCAGUCUGCUUGGUAUAAUACUUGUAAACUGAAAUAUUUUAUGUAUCCCACAGUUCCAAUUUAACAUUUGUCUGCAGGUUAAUCUUUAUAUGAGCAUGUAUGUGGCAAGGAACCUAAACGAAAGAUUGGUGAUGGGGCCAUUAAUUACCAUUCUGUAUAGUGAAUGGAGGAAAAUACUCCCCUAAAUCGAACAAGAAGGGUAAACACCAGUACUGCCAUGUUACCCUCCGGAUUACUUUUACUAAUUUAAGCCAAAAGCAAUACUCAGGCUAGACUGAAACUGCUGAUAACAGUUAAAAAAAAAACAGAACCUUUUAAAUACUUUUUUGUCUUUCUUAUUUUAAGUAGAUAAGAAUGUUGAACCCUAAUUCCAGUCUUAAGUUUUAAAUGUGAAAACAAGUUUAUAAUGCACUUCUGUUAACUCCUGACAAACCCACAGACAGCAAGGAUUGUUCAAUAACACAUUUGGUAUAGUGUUCAUUCUUAAGAUGUGCAUUUUUUAAUUUCUUUCAAUCACAAAACUGUAAAUUUACAACAAUGUGCAAUUUUCAAAGGCCAUUAAAGAUUACAUAUUUUUAGUAGUCAGCUUUCAUUUAAAAAAAACAAACACCAAAUUCUUUGAAGGCAUGUCUGACACUGAAGGAGGUAAAAAAGAAAUUAGUUUUAAAACUCUUGAAUCAUAUUGUAUUUUACAGUGUGUCUCGUAGAAUUAAUUUCCAGAUUUCCCAAACUUGCCUAAACUGUUAAACUAAGGACAAACCUCAUUUGUUUUGUUUUUUGUGAGAUUUUUUGUUUGGUUUUUUAACAAAGGUAAUGUCAUUUACUUUGUAGUUAAGUGGUCCUGUGAUUUUUACAUUUCUUUUGCAUUGUGGGCCUUGCACUUGUUAUUAGCAGUAUUUAUAAACUGUAGAAAUAAUAUCGCCCUUCUCAAGCUGCCUUUUUCCAGUUUUGAAACAUGGCUUUUUCAAAAGACAGCCAAUGCCAGUUCCAGUCAUAAUAAACCAAUUUUAGAUGAAAAAUAAAAUGUUUCCCUUUAGAAGGUUUAAUGUGCCAUCUGACUCAUAGCUUUGGUAUGUUCUCCAUUAACAACAUUACCAUUCUUUGUCCUUUAUUUUUACUGAUUUUUUUUUGUCCUUUGACUUAAAUGGGUGAGCUUUUCAAGCAAAAUUCUGUUUUUCUUAUGGUGUAGCUGUAGUUCACUUCUGCAUAUUCACAGCCCAUUUUCCCAAUGACUCCCUGUAUGUAUGUGGUCCAAAAGCCAUUUGUGUACCUCUGUGGUGCUUCAGGUUGCUACCAGGAGACCCCAAGUUCAAAUUUCAUCUCAAUCUGUUUUGUUCUUUGUGACCAAAUACUGUUUUGCUUUUUUUCCAAACCUUUCUGUAUAUUAUGGCUCUUCUGUAAACAAAAUAUUCAUCAUUUAAAGCUUAAACCUCCCAACCUCAGCAUGCUAUUUUUGGUUGUGUAAAAAAAAGAAAAAUGUGAUUAUUGUUGUCUGCAAUUCAGAAUAAACGGAUUCAAUAACUAAUGAAUAAA